UUCAUAAUUAUACCUUCUUGAUGGGUCCCUAACAAGAGGGAUAAGCGGUGCUUGAUUUUAUGUGGUAACGAGUGGAUAAGUGGUGUAGAUCCUGUUGUGUUUAGUUGUCUAUGUUAAUAAGUACCUCCUAUACAUUGAAAUACAAAAGUCGUAAAGAACACACAUUCAACAUAAAAUAAAAUAUACAAAAUGAGGAUCAAAACAAUUUGUUUAUGUUUUGUGUUAUUCCUUUCACUUCAGAUUGCAUUAGCUGAUGAAGUAGAAGUGGUGAAGCCCAAUAAAGAUGAAAUAUCCGAUCAUGAGAAUGAAGUCGAUCAAGUAGCAUUGGAAUCAGAACAAGAACCACAGUCACCAACGAAAGUAUUAUACCAGCAUAACAUUCAACAACAACAGCCAGGACCAGCAAGAAGUAAUCAUCAAAGUAUAUCAAUGAGUUUGGGUCAACCCUUCGGUCCACCACCGCCGCCAUCACAAUUAGCUUAUCAGGGUCCACCACCGCCACUGCCACCACAACGAGGACCACAAAUACAUGCACCACAAGUAUUGCCAGACUUAAGCGUUGGCGCUUCAAAUACAAAUGAAGUAUGGUCUUCACCAGUACAAGAUAUGCCAAAAAUAAUUUCGUUAGAUGUUAAGUGUGAGAAGAAUGGAAUGAAAGUAUUUGUGCAAUUCGACAAACCAUUCUAUGGCAUUGUCUUCUCGAAGGGUCAUUAUAGUAAUAUGAACUGUGUGCACUUACCAUCCGGUUUGGGACGUACACAAGCUACAUUCGAUAUUGGUUUGCAUGAGUGUGGCACUGCUGGCAACACCGAAAAUGGUCUUUAUGGCUAUGGUCACGAUUCUGGCUCGGGUACCUAUUUCGAAAACAUAAUCGUUAUACAAUAUGAUCCACAAGUACAAGAAGUUUGGGAUCAAGCACGCAAACUACGUUGCACUUGGCAUGAUCAAUAUGAGAAGAGCGUAACAUUCCGUCCGUUCCCAGUUGAUAUGCUUGAUGUUGUACGCGCCGAUUUUGCUGGUGAUAAUGUAGGUUGCUGGAUGCAAAUACAGGUGGGCAAAGGACCUUGGGCUUCGGAAGUAUCUGGUUUAGUUAAAAUUGGUCAAACUAUGACAAUGGUCUUAGCUAUUAAAGAUGAUGACUCCAAGUUUGAUAUGUUAGUGAGAAAUUGUGUAGCACAUGAUGGUAAACGUGCACCGAUUCAACUCGUUGAUCAACGUGGCUGUGUUACUCGACCAAAAUUAAUGUCACGAUUUACAAAAAUAAAGAACUUUGGCGCUUCAGCAUCCGUACUUUCGUAUGCGCACUUUCAAGCAUUUAAAUUCCCCGACUCUAUGGAAGUGCACUUCCAAUGUACUAUACAAAUUUGUCGCUAUCAAUGCCCUGACCAGUGUUCUGAUCCUAAUUUACAGGAAGUACAUCAUUUACAAGUAGGACCAGAAUCGCAAUAUGGUCCACCACCACCGCAGUUGCAUGUUGAUGCCUAUCAUGUUGGAAGUGCGAUAACAAAACGACGUGAUGAACGUCGCGUACAGCGUCGUGCACGUGCCGUAGAUCCUGAACAAGAAGUUGGAUUGAAUCGUAUUAUUAAAGUAGUUUCCUCGGGUGAUCUUACUUUUGCUAUUGACGAAAAUGCGAACAAUACUGCCACAAUUGCCCCACAAACUAUGGUCUUUCCGGCAAGAGAAGAUGGCCUUAUAUGUAUGACAACACCAGGUUUCGCAAUUACACUAAUUGUUUUGCUGGGUAUAUUGCUCACAUCUUGCAUGAUAUCUGCCAUACUAUAUGUACGUCUAAGGCCAUUUUCCUCCUUUGCUAAGAAGGAACGUGCAGUUGCUUACACGAAUCCACAGUUAGCCGGUGCGUUACCUGUUAUACAAAUACCACCGCCCAUACCAACUCAGGGUACACUCUCCAAAAAAAGACCUUUAUCGUGAACCUGUAAAAUAAAUCUUUGUAAAUCUACCGAUUGGGAAAUUUGGUAACAGCUAUGUGCCAAUAUCUAAACACUAUUGCGCUGAGUACUCGAACUACCAAUUUAGUCUGCAAAUGCUUUCUCUUUUCUAUGCUAGGACUAGUUUCGGCUACUACAUGUCAACAAUUCUGACAUUAUUAAAUGUAAAUUACAAUAAUUUAUUAAUUAAACAAUUAUAACAACUCUAUUUAAUUUUAAAUAAUUUGCAAUAUAAUUGGCUUUUCGGAAAUAAUACCAAAAAUAAAUACAAAAUACUUCUCUUACUCACGUCAUCCCCUUUCAAUCUUCUCAACACUACUAUGGGUCAUUUAAAGGUGGAAGUCUAUACGUUGUAGUAUUUAUUCUUUUAUUUAGUUAAAAUAAAAACAUAAGAAUAUCUGUGCGGUGCUAAGCCAUAUAUAAAGU